AUGAUUACAAUGAAGAAACACUACAACAAAUACUUAAAAAAACAGUACCAAAAUUCCCCCCAAUUUCCAAUCCCCUCAAAUUUCCCUUCAGCUGGUUCUGCAGAACAGUUGAAGAGAUGGAGAAGUUUUUUGACUGGAAAGCCUGGAUUGGAUGGACAAUUUUUUAGAAGAUAUGGAAGUAAAUUAAGUCCGGAUGUUAAUGGAGAAUGUCCUUUGAUUUGUCCUCCCUGUGAAGACCCUCCCCCUCCCCCCAACAAACAAAAAAUUGGAGAAACAACAAAUAAUCAAAAAUUAGUUUUAUUAAAGAAACGAAGAAGUCUUUUAAAAGAAGAAAAUGAGAAUAAAAAUUAUGCAGAAUUAUGGGUUCCUAUCGGAGAGUGUAAUACUCGAAGGGAUAGAAUUGUUAGUGCUGAUCCUCCAGGGACUCGAUUAACUUUCACUGUGGUUGUUAAAAUUUAUCAAAAAAUAUUUAUCUUUCUUAUUUUUUACAUAACUCGUGUUGAUCGUGCCUACAACAUUCAAUGUGCCUAUCAGGAGCCUGAAAGGACAUUAAGUGCACAAAUUGAUGUUAGUCCACCCCCAGUCAUUUCAUUAAAUAAUCACAUGCAACCGCCUCAGUGUUCGUAUAAAAUACAUGGACAGAAAACAUCUGAACAAGUUCAAAAUGUCCAAGUUGGAGAACCUUUGGAACAUGAAUGGGUAUGUCUAAGGAAUGGAGUAGAGAGGGAAGAACAACAAUUAAAUGAUCUUUAUGGGUUGCUUGUACAUGAUUGUUUUGUUGACGAUGGGAAGGAUAGAAGGGCGCUAGUUUUGGAUAGUAGAGGGUAA